GAUUUUUCAACAAUACUCUUGCCAAUUGAAUAAUAUCCCCUGGCGAAAUUAUUCGCCGCAUCCUCGCUUCCAUUGAUCAUAGAAGUUGGAUGAUAGAGGCUUUUAAAAAUACCACUACGAAUAGUGUCUUGCAAAAAGAUUUUCUCUUAGUAUGUGAUAAUGAAGCUCUUAUAUCUUUUCUUCUUUUUGAUUGUUGGAGUUUUUGCCUAUCCAAGCAAACAAGAUGUUAGUGAAGAAAGCAAGAAAGUGAUAAAGUCUCUACCUUUUAUGGCAAUAGUGAGUGUAAAGGAUCAAUAUUAUGACUUUUGCAAAUGGGCAAUUAUUCUAACAGAGAAAUGGCUUCUCACUUCAUUCGAUAUUUCUGCAUUUCGAAAUAAUACUAUUACUGUACGAGUUUAUACAAAUUUAUUCAACGCAAUAGGAUAUGAAUACGGUGUAGAGUCAACCAGAGUUGUACAUUUGAAGGAUCCUGAUUUAUAUCCAACAUUUAGUUUAAUUGAGUUACAGAAUUCCAUUGACUUUGGCGACUCACAAAAAUCAAUUUCACUAGCUGAACCAAAUUUCAAAUGGCAGGAGAAUGAAGAAGCCUAUUAUUUGUAUUCUGAUUUAAAAAAUAUAGAAGAACAAUCAAAAACUGAAUAUUUUCUAAAAUUACCAAUUAAAGUAUCAAUGGACGAAGGAAGAUAUGAAGUCGAUUUAAAUACGUGUUUGAAUUCGACAAAUUCAACAGUUUUGGAUGAAUUAGAAUGCGAUCCUGUGAUACUCAAUGGAACUGUUAUUGGUUUUCGUAUUCACACCGAAUGUAAAAUUCAACCAUUCUUCAAAAUAAGUUCCAUUUACGAGACGAUUUUCAAAAAUAUUCCCGAAUUGUGCACGAGCAAUUAUCAAAUUUUAAAGAAAGAAAAUAUCAUUAUAACGGAAAAUUUCAAAUGGAAACCUGCACUUUUAGAACAUUUGCUUCCGAAUAAGGAUUCAAAAAUGGUCAAUUUUAUGGAGUUCAAUAACGUCACUUUUAAUAUUAAAGUCGACAACCAUGAUUAGUAAUGAGAACUAUAUUUUAAUCAAGUCGAUUAAUAUUUCUUCUUAGAAAAGUUUAUUUUAUUUUUUUAUUUUAGUACUUUAGUGCAAGUUUUCAUUUUUCAAGAAAUUUAUGUACUUUCUAGUUUGUUACAUU